UUAAAGGGAAGACCGGUGGGAAGGCAAGGAAAAUCUUAUAAGCUAAAAUAAAAGCGAAACAAGGCAAAGUCCGCGGGAGUAUUUUUUUCAGUCUCAAGAAGUGUUUAGUGGAGUGACUAUCGUAUCACAGUUUACUUUUGACAGACGUGAACAAAUAUGUGGGCAGAUGAGGAAGCAGCGCCAUGGGAUAUCGAAGAAACCCCGGCGGAAGAAACUCCCGAAGCAUCUGCAGAAUCAGCCGCUCCAGCUGGUGAAGCAGCGACUGGAGAGAAACCAAAAAUCAAAUUAGAAAAAAUUGAACCACCGCACUACAAUCAUCAUUGGGUUCGCCCUCUCUUUCUUAAUUACGCGUACCUUUAUGAAUAUAGAAAAAAUUAUUACAACGAUGUCAUUGAUUAUCUGAACCAACGGGAGAAAGGCAUAUUUCGAGAACCUCCCAGAGCACAAGAGUGGGCUGAACGAGCAAUGAGGACUUAUGACGAAAAAAAUACCGACAAGAGUUUCAAACGAUCUGCAGAUAUGAAAUAUAUAAUUAAUAUGAGACAUGAACCUAGAUAUUACAGUUAUCAUACUCGAGCAUAUUAUAGUUUGAAGUAUCAGAAAAUUUUGUAAAUUAUUUUUUGAUAAUAAAGCUAUAUAACUUAAUGAUA